CUCGAGGACGGUCCUCUCUAUCUCCUUGGGGCUUUACCUGACCUGACUGGGUGUCGCUGACAAUUCCGAGGAGCACGAGGCGGAGGAAAAUGAAAAUGCAAAGGAACUUUCCAAAGUAGUGCAAAGUAGUGCUAUGCGUUCGGCACUCUCGAGCAUUGUUCGGCGGGGGUUAGCGAAAUUAGUCGAGCAGAGUUCUAGCUAUGGGGAGAACCUCCCCAUACUUGUCCAGAGGAGGCUUACUGCGUCUCAUACUGUACAAGCGAAAUAGGAAGUCCUGCAGAAGGACUACAAAAAAGGAGGUAUGAGAGUGAAAGGGUAGACACAGGUAUCUCUAUGACGGAUGUGCAGCCACUGUCUCCGGGUCUUCAGCACCAACAAUUGAAGAAAUUGAAACGGGUACGUAAAGACGUGGAGUGCUAUGAACGUCAUCCGAAGCUGGAACUGGGAACGACCCACGACUCUAGAGAAAGCACCUGUACCAGAGUUCUGGCCUAAUGCCCCACGAAAUCACUCUGACAUCGAGUCACUUCUUUCCACUCGUGAUCUUGAUGCUCUGAAGCGCUCGGCGGACGCACAAUCAUUGCAUCAAGGGUUCGCUCUUUUUUCUUACGGAACAACGACUUUGAGAAUGAUUCCAAAAGCGACCGUGCGGUCAGGACUACAAACGAUAGAAGAGUGA